AUGGAAAAAAUUUGGAAUAAAAAAUGUAAUCCGAACCGGUACUAUAUUUAUUUAACCUGGCAAGCAAAAACCGCGAUAAAAGCAAACCCAUUCCGGCCCGCAACCCCCGCAAAUAAAUUUAGCUUUAACGGUUUAAUAUUAAAAGCAUACCAAAAAUUUACCAAAGCUUAA